AUGGCUGACCAAAGAGCAAAACAAGCUGGUGAUAGCAAUGAGGAAUCAUUGCAGGUUUUCCCCGCUGUGAAUGACAGAAAGGGGAAGAGGAAGGUGGUGGAGUUUCCAUCAGACCGGGCCAAGAAUUCAUCUUCAUCUUCCACAGAGCUAAGGAGUUGUGAGUUGAAUGAGAGAUCAGAUCAAUCCGAUGCGAAAGAGUGGCCGGAAGAAAAAACACCACUUUAUGAAUGGGAAGACCCCAUGGCAGUAGAGCUGGAGAAGCUCCUAAUCCCAAGCAUAAAGAAAGCCAUCCUGAUUGUGAUCAAGAAAAUCGUAGAAUGUGGGUUCUCAGAGGAGGUUGCUGAAUGGGGUGUGUUUAACAGUGGCGCUUACCAAGGCUAUUUGGACAUCAUAUCCAACAUGUUCAAUAGUGCUUGGGCUUUCCUGGCUUGUUGCAAGAAGGAGGAUUUCGAUUCCGCCAUUCCAUUGUUUGAUGGAAUAGAAAGCUUAUCAGGUUAUAUCCUCCUGGAAAUGGUGUGUGUGCUUAAAGAGGUUAAGCCAUUCUUGAGUGUGGCAGAUGCAAUGUGGCUCCUUUUGAUAUGUGAUCUCAACUUGCUUAAGGCUGUGGAACAUGGCACUGUGAACCCGAAUCCAGUCCUGUGCUCCUGCUGCACCUCCAAGGCUUCCCAAUGCAAAAACGAAACUCCAAAAGAUAGCAGUAGAGCUAGUGAUGUGUCUGCACCUGAAGCCAGUGGUUCUGGCAGAAAGGGAUCAUCCGGGCUUCGCAAGAAGGUGUAUCGAACUGAGACGAAUAGCAAAGGUGGUAAGAGGAGAGGGGGCCGGUUUAUAACCAGAACCAGAAUGACCACUUCGAUUGAUGUGACUGUGAGCAAGCCACUGAUCUCUCAGCCUGUUAGCUCUUCUGGUGGGAAGAAGGAGAAAGGUGGAGUUGUUUCUGUUUCUUCACUGCCUGCUGUGACCUCCAAGGCUGCAGCAAUGGUGAAACAAGAAAGUAAGCUGCCAAUUUGGAAACCCCCGGGCCCUUCUGCUGUUCCAUCUUCUGUCCAUAUGACUGAGAAAGACGAGAGGAUAAUGGCGUUGAUGGUGCGCAAGCAACUUCUGCAGCAGGAGCUACAAGGGUGGAACGAUUGGGCGAGUGUGAAGGUCCGGGAGGCGGCUCAGAAGCUCAGCAAGGACAAGGCGGAGCUGAGAAAGUUAAGGCAAGAGAGAGAGGAGGCUGCCAACUUUGAAGCAUUAAUGGAUGAGAAGAUUAAGCAGAGGCAAUCUGAGUUGCGGGGUGAACUGUCUGAUCUUCAAGCCCAGAUGGGAGCGAGUAAUUCUGCUGUCCAAAGGCUCGAGGCAGAACGUGCCAAGCUGGUGAAAGGGAUUGCAGAUUCAGAGAUGAAAAAUGCACAGUCUUAUUUAACUCUCGAGGAAACUGUGGGGAGGGAGCAGGAGUUGCUGAAACAAUGUCAAACGCUGGAGGGGGAGGCUAGCUCUCUGCAGGAAUAUCUUGCACGUCUGAAUGGCGAAGCAGCUAGCUUGCAGGCCGGGAUAGAGAAAGCUAGAAAGCGCGAAGGGGAGUUUGAGGCUCUCAGGCAGCACGAAGAGAGGGAGAAGAUAAAGAUUCUCCAGAAGCUCGAGUCCAUAAGGAGUGAAAGAGAACAACUGAACUGUCAGGCAAAAGGCGAGGAGGGUAAUUUGAGAGCAAUAGCAGUAGCCAACAGGCUGGAGUACGAGGAACGCAAGAGCAAGGUGAUUGCAGAAAUCUUUGCUCUAAGGGCUAACCCGGGCCAGGGAGGUGUGAAACGCGAAUGGGAAUGCAUUAUGUGCUUGAGUAAGGCAACCUCAGUUCUGUUCCUCCCUUGUGCUCAUCAGGUUCUGUGCAAAGACUGCAAUACGCUUCACGAGAACCCAGGAAUGAAGGACUGUCCUUCUUGCAGAACGACAAUCGUGCAGCGAAUCCAUGUCCGUUUCCCCCCUCGCAUACCACACUGAAGAGCAGUUGAAAGUGAUCCAGCUUAUAUGUUCUGUCUUCAUCUCUAUUUUCAUUCAGACUUGAAAAAAAAAAAAAACAGUUGUUUGAGCUUCAGGAUUUCGUAUUUUAAACUUGGUUUCGUAUUUGAUGUCUUACCUUAUAGAUUGAGACAGCAUGGUAUUAUGGAAGUUUACU